AUGGCGCGGUCGCUGCGGCCGACGUCGCGGGCGGCGCGCGUCCCGACGCGGCGCGCCGCGUCGAGCCUCGACGAGCAGAUCGCGCGGGGCGCGCCGGGCGCCGUGGAGCAGCGCCUCGCGGAGCUCGGCUACGAGCUGCCGCCCGUCGGGACGCCCAAGGGGUCCUACGGCCUGACGAGCCGCAUGGGCAACACGCUCUACGUCUGCGGCCACCUGCCCAUCCCGCCGUCCGGCGAGCUCAUCGUCGGCCGCGUCGGCGCGGACCUCGACGCGGACGCCGCCAAGGACGCGGCGUUCUGGUGCGGCAUGAACAUCCUCGCGACGCUCCGGGAAGUCGUCGGCUUCGAGAACGUCGUGCAGGUCCACAAGCUCGUCGGCUUCGUCAACUGCGUCGACGGCUUCGAGGCCCAGCCCACGGUCAUCAACGGCUGCAGCGACCUGCUCUACGAGGUGCUCGGCGACAAGGGCCGCCACGCGCGGUCCGCGGUCGGCGUCAACGUGCUCCCCCUGGGCGUGCCCGUCGAGAUCGAGGCCGUCGUCGAGGUGAAUUAA